CCCCUGAACGCAGCCGCUCCGCCUGUGCGCGUUGGGUCGCUUUACGACAUUCUUGUCAUCCCGAUGUAAGAAGACACCUCUUCCUGGUGUGGACUGGUACUAACGCUACCUGGUGUGAGAGAGGGAGAGAGAGGUAGACCUGCUCCAGUCAGGGAAAUAAGAAACACUACGUUCACCCCGAGGAAUGGCGGCCGUAAACAAGCCUGCGGAGGAUGGCAGCUCCUUCUCAUCAAAGGUCAUCAACAUUGUGUUUGUCACCCUGCUGCUGGACCUGCUGGGAUUUACACUGAUUCUACCUCUACUUCCUUCUAUUUUGGAUCACUAUGCACAAACGGGGGAUGGCGUGUAUCAGUCUCUGCAGAGUGUGGUGGACUGGUUCAGGGAGGCCGUCGGGAUACCAAUGGAGAAGAAGUACAACACUGUCCUGUUCGGAGGUCUGAUCGGGUCGCUGUUUUCUCUGCUGCAGUUCCUGUCGUCGCCCGUAACCGGGGCGCUGUCCGACCGGCACGGCCGCCGCCCGAUGCUCCUGCUGACCACACUGGGGCUGGUGUGCUCCUACGCCAUCUGGGCCGUUUCCCGGAGCUUCGGCAUGUUCCUUUUGUUCCGGGUCAUCGGGGGCAUUUGCAAGGGCAACGUCAGCCUCUGCACGGCCAUCGUGGCCGACCUGCCCUGCCCGAAGGCCCGCAACCGCGGAAUGGCGAUGAUCGGCGUGGCCUUCUCCCUGGGCUUCACGGUGGGGCCGCUGAUGGGGGCCUACUUUGCCCUCGGCUCCAGAGCAACGGGGAUCGUCUUCUACCAAACCCCCGCCCUGCUGGCCUUGGCCUUCAGUGUCGCCGAUCUGCUCUUCGUCUGGGCCGCGAUGCCGGAGACGCUCACAAAGGACGCAAAGGCUUCAUCGUCGUCGGGUUUCGGGGACCCCGGCGACCUUUUGAACCCGCUAUCCUUGUUCCAUUUCUCCGCUGUCAUCAGGACGAGAGAUCCGCCUCCAAGAGAAAGAAUGCAGAAACUUCAAGCGUUGGGCCUGGUGUACUUCUGCUACCUCUUCCUCUUUUCUGGUCUGGAGUUCACGCUGAGUUUCCUGACCCACCAACGCUUCAACUUUACAAGUAUGCAGCAGGGGAAGAUGUUCUUCUUCAUUGGCGUCAUCAUGGCUUCGAUCCAGGGAGGCUACGCUCGCCGAAUCAAACCCGGGCAGCACAUCAGGGCCGUUAGAGUGGCAAUCAUGUCAUUGGUGCCGGCGUUUGUGCUCAUCGGGCUCUCUUGGAACGUAACGAUGCUUUACGUUGGCCUGGCGCUGUACUCAUUUGCGGCUGCAAUUGUGGUUCCGUGCCUGUCGACGCUCGUGUCCGACCACGGGACGGCCAAUCAGAAGGGCACCGUGAUGGGGAUCCUGCGCAGCCUGGGCGCCCUCGCCAGAGCACUGGGACCAGUUGCGUCAUCCUCGGUUUACUGGAUAGCUGGAGCCCAGGUCUGCUUUCUUCUCACGGCCGCCUCCUUCAUAAUUCCUCUGGUUCUCCUGAGGAGGGCCAGAAGUCUGAAGGAGGAGUGAGGGACACAGAGUCUCUGCUUGCAGAGACAUUUUAUGGCUCAACUCCGUGUUCUGAUGUUUCUAUCAGAACAUAAAAGGAGCGCUGGCACGGAAUUUGAAACAAACAAAAAUGGUAAGAUUUCUGUUUGCCAAGCAUCAUCCCAUGGAUGCAAGACGACGCACAUGCCAAGACCAAGACAUUUUAUUUUUUAAAUUGCUGUAUUGCCUUUUUAGUGUGUAAAUUUACCGAUGCUCAUAUUGUGAAAUGUAUGGGUUAGAGAGAGUUUUAAAUAACAUUUAUGUUUAUAGAUUCUUUUAUAAUGAGGUAUUUUAUCAAGCACAGAUUAUGUAUUUUAAAAAGCACCAUUUUGUUCUGGCUCACUUUGAAAAAUGUGGGUUUUUAUAUUUUCUUGCUUUAAAAGUAAUAAACGAGUUAGUCAACAUUUGUGUGUAAGCAAACUAUUA